AUGAGGCUCUUCCACCAUCUCCUCCUCGCUGGGCAGCUGCUUGCCGCCGCAGCCCAACAAUGGCCACUGCAUGACGACGGGCUUAAUGACAUUGUGCAAUGGGAUCACUACUCGCUGAUAGUGAAUGGAGAGAGGCUCUUCUUCUGGAGUGGCGAGUUUCACUACUGGCGGAUACCGGUGCCUGAGCUAUGGCGAGACAUCAUGGAGAAGAUCAAGGCUGCCGGCUUCAACGCCUUCUCCAUCUACGCCCACUGGGGCUGGCAUAGCGCGGCAGCAGGCGAGCUGGACUUUGAGACUGGGGCACACGACUUCACGCAGAUUUUCGAGAUCGCCAAGGAGCUCGGGCUCUACAUGCUUGUCAGAUCUGGACCGUACAUCAAUGCUGAAACGACGGCUGGUGGCUUUCCGGGCUGGCUUCUGACUGGAGACUACGGUACGCUUCGCAACAAUGACACUCGAUACACAGAAGCGUGGACGCCAUACUGGAAUUCUCUAUCCACUAUGGUUGCAGAGCAUUCCGCGACUAACGGUGGGAACGUCAUACUGUACCAGAUUGAGAACGAGUACGGCGAGCAAUGGACUGAUGUUGAUGACCGGACACCGAACGAGACGGCCAUCGCAUACAUGGAACUCCUGGAGGCAGCAGCAAGAAGCAAUGGUGUCAACAUUCCGACACUGGCGAACAACCCCAACCUUGGUAGCAAAAGCUGGUCGCUUGACUACGAUGUCAACCAUGUAGGCGGCGAUACGGACAUAUACGGCCUUGACAAUUACCCAAGUUGCUGGAGCUGCAACACUGACGAAUGCACGAGCACGAACGGCUUCCCACCUGACUUCACCGUAUUUGACUACUACACCAAUUUCCAGCAGACAGCGCCUACGCAGCCCUCAAUCUUGGCCGAGUUCCAAGGUGGCAGCUACAAUCCGUGGGGUGGACCGCAGGGUGGCUGUAUUAAUACGACUGGCCCAGACUGGGUCAAUGUAUUUUACCGCAACAACAUCGGGAACAAGGUCACUGGACAAAACUUGUACAUGCUCUUCGGAGGGACCAGCUGGGGAGGGCUGCCUAUGCCAACCGUGGGCACCAGUUACGAUUAUAGCGCUCCAAUCUCCGAAAGCCGCUUACUGACAAACAAGUACUCCGAGACCAAGCUCCUCAGCUACUUCGUGCGAGCAGCGAAGGACCUCACGAUGGUCGAAAAGGCUGGCAAUGGCACUACAAACUUCACUGGCAACCCCGACGUCUUUUCUCAAGCACUGCGGAACGUCGAUACGGGCAGUCACUUCUAUGUGGUGAAGCAUACCAACACGACGCUGACUUUGUACUUGACGUUCAAACUCAAUAUGACCACCUCGCUGGGUCAAUUAGAGGUUCCGCAGUAUGCACCAGAUAUUGUCUUGGAUGGGCGCCAAGCGAAGAUACUGGUUGCUGACUUCGCGGCUGGGGACGCGACACUCGUGUACUCCACCGCUGAAAUUAUGACCGUCUCUAUCCAGAACGGCAAGCCGAUCAUCGUCUUCUGGGUGCCCACUGGCGAAAGCGGCGAAGUCUACCUCAAGGAUGCGAAGCGUGGCUCCAUUACCCGCUGUGACGGUUGCGCGAACGUCGCCUUCCACCCAGCCAGCGAAGGCCUGAUCGUCAGCUUCAUGCAGAAUCGUGGUAUGAGCGUCCUCACGUUCGACAACGGCGUGAAGGCUGUCAUCAUGGAUCGCACUACAGCAUACACUUUCUGGCAGCCUACGCUAUCCACUGACCCACACGUACCGCUCAAUGAAACCCUCCUGGUCCGAGGGCCGUAUCUUGUCCGAACAGCAAGCGUAGACAAUGGCAUGAUCUGCCUAACAGGUGACUAUAACGACACUGGUGAGAUCGAGGUCUUUGCUCCUGUCGGUCAUGAGAAUUACCGUAACUGGAAUGUCAACAGCAGCAAUAUGAUCAUGUUCAACGGCAAGCCCGUUGCCGUUCGUCCUACAAAAUACGGCAGUCUUGUCGGCUCACUUUCUGCUUCGAAUGCUACUACUAUUCAGUCCAUCCAAGCUCUCGUACCAAGUCUUUCCGACUGGAAAGUUGCCGAUGGCCUUCCUGAGCGUUUCCAAAAUUACAACGACUCCGGCCCAGGCUGGGUCCUGGCGAACAAGAACAGGACGCUUAACCCCUGGCAGCCUCAGACGUUCCCAGUGUUGUACGGUGACGAGUACGGCUUCCACGCUCAGAAUUUACUCUGGCGAGGUCGCUUCAGCGGUAAUGCUACGGGUGUCUUCCUCGAUGUCAUUGGCGGAACCUCCUCAGGCUGGAGUGCUUGGCUGAAUGGUGUAUACCUUGGCUCUACACUCGGUAACGCGAGCUUGUCUGAGACGAACGCCACUCUCUCCUUCGGCAAUGCUACCAAGGCGGGUGAGAACAUGCUCUUCAUUAUCCAAGAUCACAUGGGCCACGACGAAACGACCGGCGUCCUCAACCCUCGCGGCAUCCUGAACGCCACACUCCUCUCCCCGUCCGGCGCCAACAUGACUUUCAGCUCCUGGAAGGUCGCAGGCAAAGCUGGCGGCGAAGCCAACAUCGACCCUAUUCGUGGUCCGUACAAUGAAGGCGGUCUGCAUGCUGAGCGCCUCGGCUGGCAUCUCCCAGGCUUCAAUGACAAUGCAUGGGCAAGUGGAAGCCCAGAGCAAGGCCUCACUGAGGCUGGAGCAAAGUUCUACCGCACGAACAUGCCGCUUGAUUUGCCCGAGGCCGUAGAUGUGAGCAUGGCUUUCGAGCUCAACGCCCCUGAGGGCUCGAAGCUGCGUGCUCAGCUUUACGUGAACGGGUACAUGUUCGGCAAGUUCGUCCCGUACAUCGGACAUCAGAUCGAAUUCCCAGUAUUUCCAGGCAUCCUUAAUUACCACGGCAACAACACGAUCGGCUUGAACGUAUGGGCACAGGACGCAGUAGGUGCCAGCAUGAUUAUCGGAGUCAGCGUGCUGAGUUGCAGACAGUGCAAGUCCAAGAAAGUCAAGUGCGAUGAGAAGAAGCCUUGCUCAUACUGCUUCAAGAGGCGGCUCCCGUGCAGUCUGGAUCCUCAAGCAAACGUUACAACAGCCAUAGCAUUUCCACCCAGUAGCCCGGUCACGUCUUUUUUUGACUUCACCGAUUUCGCCUUGUUCCGCCAUUUCAUCAAGUCCGUUGGCGUAGAGCAUGGUGAUGAUGCCGCUUCAGCAACAGCCUGGUGUGAGACGGUGCCGGAGCUGGCCACUCAGCACCCCUAUCUUCUUCACCAUCUCCUAGCCAUGUCCGCCAUGCACUUGAAGCUGUCACAGCCUCAGCAGACCGACACGCUCGACCGCAUCUCGGCGGAGCAUCACGCUCAGGCGCUUCCGCUGCUCAGGGAGGCCCUUGCAACCAGCGGCCCGGGGAAUUGUCAAGCCCUCUUCGCUACCGCGGCCCUCAUUAUCCCGUACAGCAUCGGGAAUGCGAAGGAUCCCCUCUCUCUGAUCUCUGACGAAGAGACGCAGAGCCCGCCCAAGUGGCUGCUGCUUAUCGACGGCUGCAGCGCGAUCACUAGACAGAACCGCACCACUCUUCUUGCGUCUCCGAUGCGUGCCAUUCUGGGCGACAUGUCCAGGAUGAACUUGGACGACAUAGAGGAUUCCGCCACCGGUCUGGAGUUGGUGUCUCUCAAAGACAAGCUGCCUGUCUGCGAGGAACUCAGACCCGAAUUUUCCAGGGUCAUCGAUACGCUGCGCUACAGCUUCACAAUGUCCGACCGCGCGAGAGACGAUGUCCAGCUGAAGAGCGCGGCGUGGAGGUGGAUCCCUACUCUGGGCGACAUCUUCAAAGAGCACCUUGGCCGGAAACAUCCCGCCGCGUUGAUCGUGAUGGGGUUCUGGUGCAUCUUGAUGUAUCGGUUCAGGAAUAAGUGGUGGCUCAAGGGCAGGGUACAGCCGAUCCUGCUUGCGAUCGAGGGGCUUUUGCCUCUUGAACAUCGGCAUCUCAUAGCGAUGCCCCUCGAGCAGUGUGGCAUACGACAGACGCCUUCUGCGAGCGAUGUGUCAGGCUAG